AUGGCAGAGGUCACCUUCCUUCACCUCCACGACCCAGACGACGAACCUCGCCAAUCCUUAACCCUGGACCCCCUCCCCAACUGGGCCCACCACGACUUCGACGUCUACUCCUCCGAUCUCGAAUUCCCGCCCUCCGAUCGCUCCCUCCGCGCCCACAUCCUCACCGUCCACGAAGACGAAGACGAAGACGAAGACUGCGACGACCUCUUCUCCCAAUACCAAUCUACCAUCCACGUCAUUCGGAACAACGAAGUCUCGGAGCCCAGUUCCAUUUCCAACCUGGAGGACCGCGAGAACCAGGUCAAUUUCGUCAUGGAUCUCUUCCAGCAACGCGUCGAGCAGUCUCAGGUAACCGUUCGUUCCGUUUCGGUUUCUGAAGCUCUUAACGAUGAUUUCAGUUUUGGGGUUAUUGAGGGGAAUUGCGAUUGCGAUUGCGAUGUGGGUAUGGGUGGUUUGGACCUCGAUUUAAGUUUAGGGUUAGGGUCAGGCUUAGAUUCUAGGCAUUGUUUGGAUGGUGAUGGUAUUGAUGAUCCUGACGAGGACGAUUUCUUCGUGGGAAGGAGGGUUUCUGGGUCUGAAUCUGGUGAGGCAACGUCUAAUUUAAGUAGGGCUGAAGCUUUUGAGAAUUGCGUGCGGCUCGUUGGAUUUGGGUCCGAUUCAGAUGAGGAGGAUGAGAAUGGGGUUAUUGGGAUUGAUUUGAAUUCUGUGGAUGAGCAUAGUGCGUAUCAUCUUCCGGAUGACUGUGAUGAUGAUACAAGCAUCCCACUUUGUUGGGAUUCGCUUCUUUUGGAAGACCACAGGGAAAAUAACGAAGAUUUCGAGUGGGAAGAAGUUGACAGCGGCGGUGAGGAGCGAGAGGUCUUCAGCAUGUUUAUUGAUCCCGAUCAUACUGAAUCAGGAUCGGUCUCAGUUUCAGUUUCGACAAUAAUUGCUCCUGAAGAGGAAGUGAGUGUGGAGAGAAUUGAACCUUUGGAGAAGUAUGAUUUGUUGUUUGGGCAAUUCUCUGAGAAUGAGAAUGCAUCAACGGGGAGGCCUCCGGCUGCCAACGCUGUUGUUGAAAAUCUUCCCUCAGUGGUUUUGACUCAGGAGGAUGUGGACAACAGUAAUGCACUUUGCGCUGUUUGUAAGGAUGACAUGAAUAUUGGGGAACAAGCAAAGCAGCUGCCUUGUGCACAUAGGUACCAUGGUGAUUGCAUUGUCCCAUGGCUGCGCAUCAGAAAUACAUGUCCUGUUUGUCGACAUGAAUUACCUACUGAUGAUGCUGCGUAUGAGGGCAGAAGGACCCCAACUCAUUCUGUUGAGGGCAGAAGGACCCAAGCGCAUCCUCUUGGCUUUGAUUAUGAUGAGGUAUUUUUUUGA